AUGGCGUCAAGUUCAAUUACUGAUGAUUCCUCUACGUUUUUCUUUUUUUUUUCGUUCAUUUCUUUUUAUUUAUUAUUUCAUUCUUUCUUUAUAGACAUGAAUAACUUUCGUUUAUUCAUUCUUUUAUCUGUUUUUUUUUUAACAUUUCUUAUUCUUUCAUUCUUUUUUUUAUUUUGGUUUUUCUCAUUCUUUUCCUUUGGUUACUUUUUUUUUACGAUUUUCUUUUCUAGAUUUUCCUUUUCGUUCUUGUUCAUUUUCUUCAUCAUAUUUCUUUCUUUCUUUCUUUCUUUCUUUCUUUCUUUCUUUCUUUCUUUCUUUUAUUCAUUAUCUAUCUAUCUAUCUAUCUAUCUAUCUCUCUUAUUUUUUUCAUUAUCUAUCUCUGUUCAUAUCUAUCUAUCUAUCUAUCUUAUUUAUUCGUUAUCUAUCUAUCUAUCUAUCUAUCUAUCUAUCUAUCUAUCUAUCUAUCUAUCUAUCUUAGUUUAUUCAUUAUCUAUCUAUCUGUCUAUGUUUUCUCUUUUUUUAUUUUUCUUCUUUUUUCUUUCAAAAAUUUUAUUUCUUCUUUUUUUAAUUAAAAUAAAAUCCUUUCUAUUUCCAUUUCUUCUUCUCUCACCUUGUCUUUAUGUCUCCAUUCACUUUCCCUCUUUUUUCUCUCUCUUUAUUCUUUUCUCUAGCGAUCGUUCAAUCUUUCUUUCUUUCUUUCUUUCUUUCUUUCGGCAACUCUUUUUACCUCACCGGCCAGACAAGUUGUCAACUUCCGUUACUUGA